GGCAAAUCCGGCAUUGCCGCAAUUGCCAUCCCGGAACCACUCUCUCGGCAACCCGUUUCGCCCGUUGUAUCAGCGCAUCAUCAACUCCCGGCUGCGUUUCGUCGUUACGCCUCCCUGUAAUACCACAAUCACCGUCUCACCCAGACACCUUUUCAUUCUCCCCCCCCUCUAUCCUUCCAUUUCACUCUCAUUUCCAGCUCUCGCCCCGGCCGCUCCAUCAGUCGUCGUCAAGAUGAACGCCGCCCUCCGCCCAACCCGUCGCCUGCUAGCAGCGGCCCUCAACCCCUCCAAAGACCACGGCAUGACACCCGGCCCCAUGGCCCUCCUGCCGCCUGUCUAUUUGUACAGGCGACUGCUCCGCGCGCACAGGAAGUACCUCCCGCAGGAGAUGAGGUUGUUGGGGGAUGAGUAUAUCAAGGCGGAGUUUAGGGCGCAUCAGAGCGUGGAUAACCCGGCGCAUUUGAUCGGCUUCCUAACAGAGUGGCAACUCUACGCUCAAAAGAUCGAAGGAAACUCGUGGGUAGGCGAGAAGUUGGAUAAGGGCAAGGUUGAGAAGAUGAGCGACGAGCAAAUCGGCCAACUAUACGAACUCAUGCAAGCCAUCCAAAAGCGCGGAACAGAAGGGGAUCUUGAGGACGGUGACGGUGGAGAGUCUGGGCAGAAGUCACAAUGAUCAUUCUGUUGCUUUUUGCUAGGUUUUGUUUCGAUAAGUGUAUUUGUUUGUGUCAACAAUUGUACAAUCAUUAUUCUCUCA